AUGGCCGAAAACACAUCCAACGCUCUAGGCCUCGACUUUUCACAGGAAACCGUCGAAGAGAAGCCAGAAUAUCAGGAACCAGAACAAUCCUCGCAGACUGUCGCUCCCGAUUCUUCUAGUCGGAAGGAACAAAAGGAAAAACCUUAUGUCAAUCCAGAACGUGUAAAGACAGGUGGCAGCCAAAGAGAUAAAUUAAGCGAUGAAGCUCUUGAAGAACGAAUGGCUCGCAUCCGGCAACAAAACGAAAAAAUCAAACAGAGAAGAAUAGAUGUGCAAGCUGAUGAAGCUGCCUUCCGUCAGACACAGGAACGAGAGCGGGAAAGGCAGAUGCAGAACCGCAAAAUACAAUCAGAGAUCGACCGUGCUCGCGACCAAAACGCACAACGAAAAAUGGCAAAGGUCCAAAGCCGUGAAUGGGACUCUGGAAAGCCUUCGAGAAAUAUCAAUCCUCCUUCAUCUUCUCAAACAGAUGCUGCACCUCAACAAGGCUCCGUGGAAGACGAAACUGCGCCAUCGCCUACAAUUGCACAAGAACCAAGUGCUGAUUCUGGCAACUGGGUUCGUGGAGGGCCACAUCAAAGAGGUCGUGGUAGAGGCAGGGGCAGAGGAUCGGGCCGCGGUGGUGGUAACUUUAAUAAUCGUCGUGAUACACCGCAAUCAGCUACAUCUGCACAUGAAGAGCCUAAACAAGAGGCCGAUGACCAAGUUGCUCCUACCGAAUGA